AGAGACAGUCAAAAGAGGAUGUUGAAGCUCGUGCUCUGAACACCCCACGCGUGAGAGGACAGCUCUGCUGUAGCAAAAAGGUCUAAAAUUCAGCUGCUGCUAGGAAAAAACUGUUGUGCGAGGAUUCAUCCGCUGAUGCUUGGAUACAUGGAAAAGAUAAAUGAUGGUGAGGGCCACCCAAGCAGCAGCCACCAAGCCUUGAAGGGAACCUCGAAAUGGGCCACGUCACUGGAGAACCUCCUCGAGGACCCGGAGGGAGUCAAACGCUUUAGGGAAUUUUUAAAGAAAGAAUUUAGUGAAGAAAACGUUUUGUUCUGGUUAGCAUGUGAAGAAUUUAAGAAAACACAGGGAAAAAAGCAGAUGCAGGAAAAAGCUAAAGAGAUUUACAUGACUUUCCUGUCCAGCAAAGCUUCCUCCCAGGUCAAUGUUGAAGGGCAGUCCCGUCUGAGUGAGACCAUCCUGGAGACGCCUCACCCUCUCAUGUUCCAGAAGCUCCAGGACCAGAUAUUCAACCUCAUGAAGUAUGACAGCUACAGCCGCUUCCUGAAGUCAGACAUCUUCCUAAACCAGAAGAAGAGUGAGGAGCAAGAGGAGAACUCCCCAGAGGCUCAGACUGCAGCUAAAAGAGCAUCCAGAAUUUACAACACAUGAGACACAAUGGAUCUCCUCAGGAGAGGCCAUACAAUAAGGAAAUUACACUCAGGAACAGUCUAGGUUCAUAGCAGUUGCAUUUAGCUCAGAACCUUUUUAGGAGAUACUUACCUUCUUAAUUGCUUGAAUGACUAAUUGUUUUUGCAUGAUAGCUAUUAACCAGGCACCCAUGGAAGGACUGUUCCCCAGCUAAAAGGCUGAGGUAUUCCUCCCUAGCAUGAAUUGCCUUUCAUACUUCACAAGUUAAAAUGCUUUAAAGUCUUUUAUUUUCCUUUGUGAGGCAUCUUGGUGAUGAGAAACGGGAGAUAGCGUGGUUGGGUUUUUAUUUUUUGCCUUGUAAUUUUUAUUUGGGACUAGCUUUUACAUCCUGAACUGCUGGGAGAAGCAGCUGAGGAGAACAUUUCACAUUAGUUUGUGGGUGAGUCAUUCACAGCAAAUUUAAUCAUAAAGGGACAGCAUCUUUCAGGGUUAAGCUCAGUAGAAUCCAAUCCCUUCCUGUGUGACUUUGUUCUUUCAGGGUGAUGUCUGUUUUGCUUUGCCUUUAUUGCUGAAUCAAAACACUUCCCUAGUCAUGAUUUUCAUUUUUGUUCUCCUAAAUUUCCCCUUUUUUUUUUUUGCAGUAGACAAUCACCUUCUUCAGAGGAUGGGGUAACCUCUACUCCCUUGGGCACAAGGGCUCUAAAAGAGGCAGAAUCUCUGAAGAGCUCCUAGCUGCCAUUAGGAAAUGUGACAGCAAAUGAGUAAAUCUCCCUCUCAGGGCACACUGGUCUCAGCAAAGCCUGGCUUUGUCCCUCAUACCAGUGUGACAUCAGGUGCUGCUAUCAGGAAGCAUCUGGUCUCUCCCAGGUCUCCUGACCAGUCCUGCUCUGGGCACCAGCAGUGCUUUGGCCAAGGACCAACACACCAAAUCUGCUUUUGUUUUACUCUUUUUUUUU